AACUGUUCUCUAUCUUAUCUCUUCUCUUCGCGUAGCAUUUAAACUUAGGGAAAGUUCGUAUACUUAAAAUGUAUUAGAUACGUAGUUUAAAUAGGCAUAUUUUAAUAGACCAAACUAUGAGAUCACCACCUAGUCCUGUGACUAGGAUUUUGGAAUGGCGGAAAGGCGAUUUAACGGAUAAGAAAAAGUAAACAGAGGACCGUUUUCUCUCCCACCGGUAUCAUUAGCAUGCUAGCCAACUAGCAACUAGUAUUCUCCCCAACUGUCUGUCUGAAUAGUACAGCUGACCGGUUCGUUAGCACUGCUAACGCCUAUCAUGGUUUGUUUACUGCAGUAUGAUUUGACAUUUACGCAUUUCAACGUAUGUAAUGUUGACCCGAAAUAGUUCAACAGAAAUACAUAAUUUAAAAAAAAAAAACAGCUUAAUCUGAAAACUGGCAGCGAAAGCUACUUUUUUGUUAGCUUGCUGGCUAAAUUAGGGGUGCUGAUGUGUUCUUGCGAAAAAGUGGAUUUUAACAUCACCCCUCGUACUGUCGCCCGUCUGGUGUAUGAGGCCGAACAGGAAAAAAACAAUGGGGGUAAUUCGUCCAAUGGAAGUACAGCCAGUAACUCUCCGCGCAGCACUCCCGGCAGCUCACCCUCCUUGCGCCGUCGUGUUCUGGGAGGCAGAGCCAGCGAAGGGGAGACGGGUGUGGACAGAAGUGUUGGAGGUUCAGACAGUCCCCUGCCUCCUACUCCAUCCUCAUCAACCUCUUCAUACCCGCUCACGGCCCGCCACUUCACUCGCAAUGCCAAGAAAAUGCAGAGCUGGUAUAAUGUGCUCAGCCCCACAUACAAACAGAGGAAUGAAGACUUUCGUAAACUCUUUAAAAAGCUGCCUGAUACAGAACGUCUCAUAGUGGACUACUCAUGCGCACUGCAGAAGGACAUACUGCUCCAGGGCCGUCUUUACCUGUCUGAGAACUGGCUCUGCUUCUAUAGUAAUAUCUUCCGAUGGGAGACCACGAUAACCAUACUGCUGAAAGAUGUGACCAGUCUGACCAAGGAGAAGACAGCCAAGCUCAUCCCUAACGCCGUCCAGAUUAGCACUGAACACGAGAAGCACUUCUUCACAUCAUUUGGGGCAAGGGAUCGCAGCUACAUGAUGAUCUUCAGACUUUGGCAGAAUGCACUGAUGGAUAAGACUCUGUCACCUAAGGAGUUAUGGCACAUCGUUCACCAGUGUUACGGCACUGAGCUGGGGCUCACUAGUGAAGAUGAUGAUUAUGUCUCCCCUACUGCUGAACAUAUGAACGGCCUGCUGCCAGGUGAGGAGCCGGUCUCCGUCACUGACCUGCUGGAUCUGGGAUCAGUGCCGGUGCCUCUGGUGGGCUCCUCUCCACCCUCGUCUGCCUCAAUUCUUCCCUGUGCUUCAGGAUCUUCACCUCCAUCCUCCUCUUCCUCUUCCUGCCAGCCUGUGGAGGUGCCAUCUAAUCGGGCCACCGUCGAGCCUGAGCCCAGUCCAACCGGCUCCCAGAGCUCACUAGCCCCAGCCGCAAACACUGGAACUGCCCUGUCCUCAACCAUCUUGGAAGAAGGUGGGGACAGCCAGUCAGAAUCAGCCAAUCAGUCACUUCAGUCCCCUCUCACUGUCCCACACAGCCUGGGAAACCUCUCCUCAUUGGAUAUGACCAAUGAUGAGGAUCUCCCAACUGACCCCAGCAAUUCCUCUGACACUCAGGAAGAGAGUGAGGUGGAGUCUUUCUGUCCAGACCUCAACGGCCGACUGCAUAUCAACACGGUUGUUCGCAUGAGCGUGGACAAGCUCUACGACCUUCUGUUCUCGGACACUCACUUCAUACAGCACCUCUUCUCACAACGUCACUUCACUGAUCUCUCUGUGCACGAGUGGCAGCAGGACAGCAGCAGUGGGAACAGCAGUAGAGUUCUGAGUUACACCAUCGCCAUCAACAACCCGUUGGGCCCAAAAACCGCUCCUGUGGUGGAAACACAGACUCUCCACAAGAGCAGCUCCCGGGGGGAGUGUCAUGUGGUGGACUCAGAGGUCAUAACCUCAGGCAUCCCCUACCAGGACUACUUCUACACUGUACACAGAUACUGCCUCACCUCUGUCAACAAGCACAAGAGCCGCCUCAGGGUCUCGUCUAAUAUCUGCUACAGGAAGCAACCGUGGAGUCUUGUGAAAGCUCUGAUAGAGAAGAACACUUGGAGCGGCAUUGAAGAGUAUUACAGACACAUGGAGACAGAGGUGUGUAAGUUGGAGACGCUGUUACAGUCGGAGGUUUCCGUGGUGAGCUCUGGGGAAGUGCCUUCCGCGGACUCUGCCAAGACGCCCCCCGGCCUGCGCAGACGCAAACGCAAUUGUCCGAGACGAGCAGGAGAGCGGGAGAGAGAAAGGGAGGGAGCGGGAGGAGGCGGGGAGCGGGGCGACCGAGGAAUUGGAGAUGAUCGCGAAAGGAGAGAAGCUGGUGCUCAAUAUGUGAAAUUGGGAGAGAGGUGGCGAGGCAACAACAGCAGCAUCUCCACCAUUCUGCUCAUUGUGAGCUUCAUUCUGGUGGUUCUGGUGGCUCUGAACAUGAUGCUGUUCUACAAACUCUGGGCGCUCGAGCGGGCUGCACACACGCUCGAGACCUGGCACUCGUACUCUUUAACUGACAGCCCUCUGCCCCAGUCAGCAGGAGAGUGGGCGCAGGUACUGCAGCUCCAGAGGCAGUUCCACCAGGCCCAGUUGAACAAAUGGCAGCAGAUUUUACAGUCUUCUGUCACACUUCUGGAUCAGAUGAAACAGUCUCUGGAGAAGCUCCACGGGGGAAUGAUCACGCCAGAGGUGCAGCAGGAGUCUGAUCCAGCACCAGACACACUGACGGAUCAGUGAAGAGCAUACGGUAACCCCUUCACACCACCGUUUACUGACUCUGGGCCCUGUGACAUAAAUCAUGGACAGGAGACGGUGCUCUACUCAGUGACAUCAACGUUGGGAUUGAUAUGGGUAGCUUUUAGGUUACCCAAGUGCCCCAGCAGCAGCUAGAGGACUACAAACUAACUCAACUCUUCUAUCAAUCUGAUUCUGAACACCACGAACUCUGGGACCGAAGCAAUAACACACACGUACGGGAGCGUCUGUGACUUUCAGCUGUGCUGCAUCUUGAGCCGUUCUGGUCCGUACUGAGUGUCUGAGGAAGCUCAAUGUGAGCUUGUAGAAAACAAUUCAUCUUGGACCUUUUAUUUUUAAAAAGCUUUUUUGAGAGAUGCUUUUGAGAUUUCAAAGAGGGAAGUGUCUUUCUCUUCUUGAGGAGGUUUGAAAUCAACCUCCAGUCUGCUCCGAGAGACCUCUCAACUUGUCUUUUCACAACAAACGUAUUUUUGUGUUUUCAUGGAAGAGAAAUUUCAUUUUCUCUUCUGUUUUGUUAUUGGUUUGAUGAUUUCAGAGGUGUUACUGAAACUUGUUGAAAGUGUGUCAGACCAUUACAGUAUUUAUUUAAUAGACUUGAAUUACAGUCUAACAUCAUUGUGUUUCUGCUCAAACGAGGACCAAUGUAGAAAUGGGUGGAACGAGUGGUAUAAAUAUGAAUUUCCAUUUUUAGCAAUAAUCACGUGGAAAAAUCGUAAUGACAAUUAGAAGUUAACGUACAAGUAAAAUGUGCAGCUGUUAAGAUAGAGUAUCAGAGUGACGAUUGUUUUUACACACUGUUACAAUUUUAACCAUUGCUUCUUUCUCCCUAAUGUUUCAGUUAUUAUUUUUGUUUUAAAUCCCUUUGUAUUUAUAACUUAGGGGUGAGAGGAGCUGUUUCAUGUAGUCGAGGUGUCGGGAAACUUGUAGAGUUUCACUGGAAUCAAACUUGAACUGUUCAGAGUUACUUUUAGCUCGAGCAGCUGAACACACACACACACACACAGAUUGGAGGACUUCAGUCGUUCCUGGGACAGGACGUUUAGGACCAAGCAGAACUCAAGGUCAGGAGGAGUAUGUGAUGUACAUUUCACUCAGUACUGUGGGCGAAUCUCACAUAGAACAUGUCCAUGUGUUUCACCUCAAAAUCAAAAGAAAAAAUUAAGCAUAUAUAUAUAUAUAUAUAUAUAUAUAUAUAUACAGGUAUAUUUGCAUUGUUACAAUUUCCUGACAAUUAAGCACCCCUCAAUUACUGUGAAAUGAAAAUCAUCCUGUCCAGACUAUUUUUAUUUUCAUUUUUAAUCAAUUUUUAUUUGAUGAAAAUAAGCAUUAUUUAAAAGCAGUAAAACAAAUACUGUCAAGUGGUAUAAAUGACAAUAAUAUAUAAAUAUAUUAAUAAUUUUAGGUAAUUGGACAUUAUGAAAAUAUUGUCACAAUGCAAAAUAUUUAUUUUUUUCUAUUGAUUUUAAUUUGAAAUUCUUGACAGGCUUGGCGAGAUUCACCUAUGAGUUGAUUUUUCUUUUCUUUUCCUCUCUCUGUUUUAUGCUUGAUUAUUUCAUUUGGACGGUCUGUUACUGAUGAUUUUUUGUCCUGCCCUCCAGCCUCAGUGAUCUCUCCCUCCUCUGAGUGUGUUAUCAGAGUGUCUGUCUGUAUGUCUGUCUGCGGGCGCUGCUGUGCAAAGCCCUUGCUGAGUGAUGAAAGCAUGUGCUAUUUAUUCGGGUCAGGGAGGGAGAGAGCGAAGGUGGGAUGUAUUGUAUAGACACGAUUGUAAAGGUGACUUGUGACAGUCAGAAAUGCAUAAUAAAAAUGCCAAAAAAAGUGAAA